GCACUAAGUUUUAGGCACACUCCCUUCACAUUUCACAGCGAAAAUUGAAGAUGGAACAGCAGAAGUGGGAAGCCAAGGUUUCAGCAAGGCUACAAAAGGCGACCGCAGAUGAGAUUUGGCCACUCUUCCAAGACUUCUUUGGCCUAGGAAAAUGGUUCCCUGGCCUCUCCACUUGCCAUGGGAUUCACGGCAACAACGCCCAACUUGGCUGCAUCCGCUACUGCGCCGGAUUCUCCCUUUCCGGCAAGACUGAAGAGAACCCCGCGGCGGUGAAGACAAACUGGAGCAAGGAAAGGUUGAUAGCCAUGGAUCCAGCUGCGAGGACUUUGAGCUACGAGAUGUUGGAUGGCAGCAUAGGGUUCAAGAACUAUGUUUCGACGGUGAAGAUCGUUCCAGCCGGUGGCGGCGAAGGCUGCGAGAUUGAAUGGGGAUUUACCGUUGAUCCGGUGGAGGGUUGGAGAUUGGAGGAUCUGGUGAAGAUUUAUGAUCUUGGGCUGCAGAGCAUGGCUAAGAAGAUGGAGGACUUCUUAGCAAUUUCUUAGAAUAUUAUUCUACUUUUCUAAAUUUUUCAUAUUGUUAGACAAAUAAUAAUAUUGUAAUUUGAUAUUAAUUGCCUUGUUAUUAGAAUGACCGAGUGUUUGUAAGAGAUAGAUCCUACCCCAAACUAGACAAAACUCAUUUCAUUU